GGAUGUAGUUUUCCUCUCCGUCUCUCUGCUCGGCAGCUCAGCACCACCCGAACCGACAAAAACUACGGCAGGUGAACCGACUGGAGUCACUCGGCAGCGAGCUCAGCCGUCCUGCGGGUUUCUGAGGUAUGGAGGAGAGCAGCACCGUUUCUGGCUCUGCUUCUGGAGCUCAACCGGGACGUUAUUGACACCUGCAGCCGACGAGCUGAAGCUGCUCGAUUAAAGAAAAAAAAAAAACACUCGCAGAGGUUCAUUUUUUGUUUUUAUUUUUUGAAAUUAAUCUGUUUACCUUCCUGAAACGUGGAGAGAAGACUGUGAGGAGUCUCUCAUUGAAAAGUCACUUCCGCAGACAGGUGCCAUGAGCAGCGAGCUGAACGUCCCUAUGGGCUCCCCGGCCCCGGGGGUCUCAGAGCGGGCUCCGGACAGCGGCGGGAUGGACUACAGGGACUGGGUGCGACGCAGCUACCUGGAGCUGGUGAGCUCCAACCACCACUCAGUGCAGGCCCUGUCCUGGAGGAAACUCUACCUGAGCCGGGCCAAGCUCAAGGCCUCCAGCAGGACCUCCGCACUGCUGUCCGGCUUUGCAAUGGUGGCCAUGGUGGAGGUGCAGCUGGAGGUGCAGUACAGUUACCCUCGGGUGCUCCUCAUCGCCUUCAGCGUGUGCACCACCGUGUUGGUGGCGGUGCACCUCUUCGCUCUGCUGAUCAGUACCUGCAUCCUGCCCAACGUGGAAGCCGUCAGCAACAUCCACAACCUCAACUCUGUCAGCGAGUCGCCCCACGAACGCAUGCACUACUACAUCGAGCUGGCCUGGGGCUUCUCCACGGCGCUGGGCAUCCUUCUGUUUUUAGCAGAGGUGGUGCUGCUCUGCUGGAUCAAGUUCCUACCCGUGGACUCCGGCGGGCUCAAAAAGGCCGCCGUCUGCGGCACCACGACCGCCGCCACUCAGGUGACGUCCACAACCCCCUCAGUGCAGGACAGCGGCUGGCAGGCGGCGCUGGCCUCCACCAUCAUCAUGGUCCCAGUGGGGGUGAUCUUUGUGGUGUUCACCAUCCACUUCUAUCGCUCUCUGGUGCGCCACAAGACAGAGCGCCACCACCAGGAGAUCGAGGAACUGCACAAGAUAAAGGUGCAGCUGGACGGCCACGAGAGAGGCCUCCAGACUGUGUGAAAACCCAACGGCAGCUUUAAAGACUUUCUCUGUGUCACAUAUUUAUCAAGCCCUCUCCCUUUUCUGACAUUUGUUCUGGUCAUUGCUAAAGUCUCGAACUUGUAAGCAGUGAACUUUAAAGCGUGUCACUGUGCAGUACAGACAGCCAAUACAUGUCAGACUGCCAACUUAUUCUUAAGGUGAAGUUACAUUGUAGGAUUUGUGCGGUGACUUGGUCUGUGUUUUAGCUCUGUAGUCUGUGUUGGUCAAGGAAAAAGGUUUACACAAAAAGGGCUAUUAUGUUCGCUGUGCCAUUUCUGCUCUGUUUACGUUUUAACGGUUGGGUUCAGUCCCGACAGGGUUUCCAUUUUAGAUCUGUUGCCAAAAUACCCGUAAUUACCUUAAAACUCUCCUUUUGAAUCUCUUAUAUCUGCUCAGUUCUUAUUAGCAAACUGUAUAGAGAUUAUUUGAGUUGCAGGCUUCUCAUUUUCAAUCUGCAGUUCUUUUAAAAGAAAUUGAUGUUUGAAGCUUGACCUAAUUGAUAUUAAUGCCUUCAGUAACUUGCCAUAAUGGAAGUUGACUACUGUUUAUAGAUCCCAACUGAUAUUAGGCCCAAUGCUGAUACCAUUUAUAAGGAUGAAGUAACUCCCAUAAAGCCACUACUGUUCAUUUUAGGGCUACCUUCCAUGAAAGAAAGUCUUGGUCGACUGAAAUCGUACCUGCAGUUCAACCAAUCAAUUUCUAGCAGUGUGUCUCACAAACUACACUGUUUACAACUUAACAUAAAGACCAUUUGACUCCGCACCGCUGUGUGCUCAGCUCAGACUCUGCUGCAUGUGCUGCAGACUAUGAUGAGAUUGUUGUAAUAAUGGAGUCGGAGCUGCUCUGCUGGACAAACUCUGUGAUGACACAUUUUCUAAAUGAUCCUAAGCAUCUCUUUGUGCUUUAUGAUUUGUAUUAGAUAAAUCUGUAAUUGGAUUAUUGGGCUCAGUGUCAGCUGGUUUUCUAUUAUCAGCCAAAGAUUGAUUGUUAAAGAAGGAACCAAUUUAACAGCAGUUGAUCAGGAGUGUUCUGUGCAUAUUUGCACUUCAGUUGUAUUAGAAACAUGUGCCAUGUCAGCGUCCAUAAUGGGAAUAUACUAGUUCAAAUGUAAUUUAUAUGAUCAGUAAUUUAAGGUAGUCAAUUUAGUAGUUCAAACCAGGAUGUGCAAAUAAAUGUUUACGAGAAACGCUGUAGCUUCUUAUAGCUACGUGUUUCCUGCCUUCAGCCAACAAACCUUAGAGUUUAUUUAUAGAUUUAGUCACUUGCAAAUGUUUCAUAGAUGUUAUAAGAGAUUCAAGAAGAUCUGGACACAUUAAGCAGAUUGAAAACUUGAUUCAGAUUCGAUAAAAUGCUACUGAACCCCAACUCUCAUGCAUUAUGUGAGGAGUUCAGGCCUCACUGUUUACAUUCAACCUUCUUGUCUGGUUUUUAAGUUUUGAGAGCGACCAAGGUUGUUUCUCCACCAUGUGUGUCUGUGUCUGGAGCAGCAUGGUGAGCACGUGUCAAAAAGUCUUAAAAAAACAUAGUAGCGUGAAAGUUGGCAUUACUGUGUUUUUACAUCCAAAAGCUCACGAAAGCCUCAAAGACUUUGUCAUCAACUUCAUUUGAAAAGCUUUUACUUCUUAAAGACCACGGAGCCUGUGUCAUAUCUGUCAAACCAGUCAACUCUGCAUACUGAUGCUGCUUAAUAUGAAUGUGUUACUGUCCAAAUAUAGUUCUGCCUUACAGAAUUAUGGCCUUUUUCUGAACUGCUGUUUUGCUCAAGGUCACAACACAAGCACACGUUUUACUGAAAGUGUAGCUAAGCAUGACAAAGUCUAAACCAACGAAGCUUAACGUCGGGUGAAGGCCCGAGGGUUGGAGCGAAGUGGUGGAGGAGACGCUCUCUGGAUGGGCCGUUUGUAAACAGCAUGACUUUGUAACCUCCAGUUUCUGUACUUAAAACACUGGAGACCUUUCAGUAAAUGUGGGUUAACUGAGAGAAGCGACAGCUUCUCAGCGGAGGGCAGAAUCUGUUACUGUGUUUUUUUAAAAAAGAUGGAAAACGCACCAACCUGUUAUCACAUUCCAAAUAAGAUGACUGACCAAAGUGUUGCUCAGUUAUUUCUUACUGUUCAGAAGAGACUAAAGUGCACUUGUAGUUUUAGUUGUACAGCGAGUUGGUGCCGGGUUCAUAUCAAGAGAAUGUUCUUGCUUUGUUUAACAUUUGUGUAUUUGUGCUUCUUAAACUGCUGAGGUCAAGGAGGAUGGAAUUCACACCCUGCAACAGACUUCCAAAAUAAAAGUUCUCAUUGUCUUUUGCACGUGAA